CUGUCUAUUGUCCUGCAGGUUAUGUUUGUGCCAUUUGUAAUCAAUUUCCAAGUUUUUAAAAUAAAUUAUAUUAGCAACUUUGUUAUGGAUACUAGUGACUAAAACUUAAAAGAAUUAUUGAACAUAUUUAUAAUAUUCUAAACUAAUGACAAGUGAAUAAAAAAAGCGAUUGUACAAUCGGCCCGUCUAAAAAACAUUACCAAAAGUCAUGUAACCUCUAAGAAUAAUGUAUUUGUGUAUCAAUUUAGCUCUUGAAAUAUUUUUAAAAUAUUUCUUUAUUCCUUAGCACUUAAAUAAAAUGUCAUAUUUUCUUAUUUACACAGUUUAAGAAUUUUUAAAAAUGGUAAUAGUGCGCUGGAGAUUUAAACAAGUUCCCAAACAAAUAUUUGAUUCCUCUCAACUAUUUUUUCGAAAAUGCAAGGUAACUAUUGGGUCUUUAAUGUACAACCAUUUUCUAGAUCAAAGUUAUGCUGCUGAUGUUUGCAUGGAACCUAUGUUUUGGUUUGUAGACAACUUUACUUGUGCAAUUGGACCAUUAUUUGUGGCUGCUGUAAUAGGUUUGACUACAUCAGUGGUGUUGAUAGCUUACUGGAUUGGUUUGCCUUAUUGGUGGAACAGGAACCCCUACAUAUGUGUAAUUCUAGUCAUUAUUGGACAUUGGUUACUUAUAAAUAUUUCUUUUCAUUAUUAUAUGGCUGUUAGGACUCAUCCGGGAUAUCCACCUCAAGGAGAAUUAAUUACUGAGGCUGUAAGCAUAUGUAAGAAAUGUAUUUCACCAAAGCCUCCAAGAACACAUCAUUGCUCAGUUUGUAAUAGAUGCAUUUUGAAAAUGGAUCAUCACUGCCGUAUCCUUAUAUUAGCAUGGCUGAAUAACUGCGUAGGUUACAGAAAUCACAGGUAUUUUUUUUUGUACAUGGUGUACAUGAUACUUGGAGUCUUCUUUAUAAUUGUUUGUGGUUUUGAAUUGGCCUAUGCUGUAAUUUGGCUGGAUUUUGAAGAUGGGGAAGAACCAGAACUUGAAGGCCACCCUGUAAAAUAUAAUCGAACUGGUGCGCUAAUCCCCGUGACUGAUUUUUUAUAUUUAAAUGUUGCCAGUGAGGAUUAUUCUGCUCAAUCUGGAAACAGUAGUCCUUGGAGAAGGAGAGCCAUAAUUUAUAUGGCCUUAAUUAAUAGUGGUGUAUUUGUAGCAUUAGGUGGUUUAGCUAUGUGGCAUAGUAAAUUAAUUGGAAGGGGUGAAACAAGUAUUGAAGCAAAUAUAAAUAAGACAGAAAGUGAAAGACAUGCAAAAUUAGGAAAGACAUAUAUUAAUCCAUACAAUUUUGGUAAAAAGAAGAAUUGGAUGCUAUUUUUAGGGCUAGUGCAAGGAAGAUCAUGGGUAAGGCACGUUUUACUUCCAUCUGCGCAUGAACCAGUUGGUGAUGGACUCAUUUGGCAUACCAUACAUGAUGAUGAUAUAAAUAAUUGGCCAUAAAGUAGAUGGAGAUAACUUUUUUGGGGGGUCUAUAUUUUUUUUAAUAUAUUGUCUAGGUUUAGUAAAUUUUCCAAGUUUUUUUUAUAAGAACUAAAGUAUUAAGUACAAUAGGUACAUAACUGAUAAAAACCUGCAAACGAUGUUUUCAAUUGCUUGUAAAUAAUAACAUACUUGAAAAUUCUAAAUUUAUUAGUUUUUUCGUUUUGAAAUGAA